AUGCUCAACAAGAGUCACGUGGCUGGUGAAGGAGGUGAGGUCGUGGCCAACGCCCUCUACAAGCCAUUGGCGGUCGCUGUCGGACGUCCUUUUCAUUUUGACGUGAACAAGGCCUUGGACAUUGUCCAAAAUUCACUUUCUUCUACCACCCACGACACCACCACCACCACCACCUCACAAGACCCGGUCAAACGACCAAUUCCUGCUUCGUCCACCAUGAAGCCAUGUCAAGACGUCGAGAAGACGAUCAAACCCGCAAAAUCUUUUGCCAUGUCGUCGCCAGACCUUUCUCUUUCUGCAGCUUUCAAUGCAUCCUCAUCUCCGCCUGAAGGCGCUAACUCUGGCCCCGAUCAAGCACCUCGAGAUCGAGUCAUCACGGGUGACAUCCUUGACUUGAAGCGACUUCCACCUCCAGACAUCAGCCAGCAUCCUGUGUACCAGGAAAGUCCCUUCAAGUCUACCAGUGAUGCGCCUCUCAUGGUCACUACGACCAGUAAAGAGGAAAUCAAGCGACUGGUGAAAGAAGCUAGAGAGCGAUCCGACGAGAGAGAGCGUCAAAUGCAGCGUGAAGAAGCCGAGCAAGAGGAGGCUGCGCGUCAGGGCACUGUGAGGUUCAAGGCAUUUCCCAAACGUGGCAAUGCGUUCAACAUAGGCUACAAUAAUGCUGUCGGAGUCGAGGCGAGUCUUCGCGCAUCGGAAGGAGGAAUGAUUUUGAAGUCAGCCACGCUUGACCGCCAACCGAUACAGUCCCGCCAAUCCCAACGAGUGUCGUCCGAACCUUCUCACAGCUUCAACCUGCGCAGCAACUUCUCUCGGUGCCAGAUUGACAAAGACAAUGACGAGGCCGACAUCUACGACAUGCUUGGCGAGGGCUCGCCCACGGUCGCGUCAACCCCUCACCAGGCGAAGAGCUCAAUCGACAGCGGGAAAACGCCUACUACACCAGCCUCGGAAGGGUUCGAGCAGAAGAAGACAGGUCUACGCAAGGUCACUGGCAUGUUUGGAAAACAUAAACCCGAGAAGUCGCAGUCCGAGUUGACUCCGCCCAUGGAAGUCGAUAUGCUUCACCGUCCUGAUCUUCUACGAUUACGACCCUGGCCAGCCAUAUCCACGUCACCCCAGCACUAG